GCGGCGGCACUUGGUGGUGCCGGCGGUGGUGGUAGGGGUGGAGAUUCAGGGAGAUCUAGCUUGAUCUGUUCCUGUUCUUGGAGUUUGGGAGUAGGAGAUGGCGGCGCAGGAGCAGGAGCAGCAGGCCAAGACGAGCACCACCAGCUCGCUGCCGUCCAGCAGCGACCGCUCCUCCAGCUCCGGCCCCAACAACCUCAAGGAAGGAGGGGCGGAGAGCGACGAGGAGAUACGGCGGGUGCCGGAGAUGGGCGGCGGCUCGGCGUCGUCGGGCGCGGGGGCCGACGGCGGGGACAGCAAGGAGCUGGUGCAGGCGGCGGCCGGGGACGGAGGCCAGGCCCCCAAGGGGUCCAAGAAGCGCGGCCGCGCCGCGGGGGACAAGGAGCAGAACCGGCUCAAGCGGCUGCUGCGGAACCGCGUGUCGGCGCAGCAGGCGCGGGAGCGGAAGAAGGCCUACAUGACGGAGCUGGAGGUGAAAGCCAAGGACCUGGAGCUACGCAAUGCCGAGCUCGAGCAGAAGGUCUCCACGCUCCAGAACGAGAACAACACGCUCCGACAGAUACUGAAGAACACCACGGCGCACGCCGUGAAGAAGCCCAGCGGCGGCGGCGGCGGGAAGGGCGGAGGAGACGGCGCCAAGAAGCACCACCACUUCAGCAAGAGCUGAGGAGGAGCUGCUCGUCGACGUCGGCUCAUCUGACCGUUGUUAGGACACUGCUGCUGCUCUUGUUGCUAGUAGUUUGACGCUUGUCUUGUCUUCUUCUAUGGUUUGCUCGCGCCUCUCACUGUGUCUACCUGUCCAUUGUAGCUUCUUCUUAGGUGAAGUUGAUCUGUGAACGUUGUUGUUGUUGUGUAUUACUUGUACUUAGACUGUUCAGUUCUUC